AUGGUGCUUCGCUUGGAUUUCAGAUUAAUUACUCUACUGAUACUGAUUAUAUCUGUUGGAGUGGUACACAUAUCUUCCAAGAAGAGAAUUAUUGAUCAAUUAGAACCGAAUACUAGUGGUAGUGCUGUUAUGUCCAACGAGUCAACUAUGAACACUGUGAAUAAGGUACGUAGUGUGUUGAAGCAUUUUGUUGCAAUGGAACAAAGCGAAGGUGCAGGGGCGCUGGUGAAGCGUUCUAUAGGUACCAUGCAGAUGAGGAACUUUCCACCAUUUUUGAUGUUGGAUCACUUCGAUGUUGCUCCACCAGCUGGAUUCCCAGAGCACCCUCAUCAUGGACAAGAAACAAUCACAUAUGUGUUGCGUGGUAUGAUGGCGCAUGAGGAUUUCACUGGUUCCAAGGGUGUUUUACGCCCUGGCGAUUUACAAUUUAUGACAGCUGGUAAGGCUAUAGUGCAUUCGGAGAUUCCAGUGAAGAUGAACAACGGAGAAUCUACGAAUGGUUUGCAACUCUGGGUUGACUUGCCAAAUGAUAUGAAAAAUGUGGCCCCACGUUACAGAGAUUUACGUCGGGAGGAGAUUCCAAUUGCAACUCCAAGUGAUAAUCUAACGGUAAAGGUGAUUAGUGGUGAAUCUUAUGGUGUGAAAUCGGUUGCUGAACUUGCUUAUACCCCCGUUGAAUUUUUCCAUUUUAUUGCAAACAAGAAGGGCACUGAGUUCUCGCAACCUUUCAAAGAUGACUUUAGUUCAUUCCUAUAUGUUUUGAAGGGAUCUAUAGAUAUAUCUGGGAAGAACUAUCCAGAAUUCUCUGCUAUUUUCUUUAAGAACGAUGGUGAUGGUAUUAAAGGUGUUACUACGUCUGACAAUGCUGAAUUUGCAAUCAUUGGCGGUAAGUAUUUCAACCAAAAAAUUGUUCAAUACGGUCCAUUUGUAGAUGCAAGCAGAGAGAAAAUUGUAGACGUUAUUGACAAUUACCAAAACGCGAUAAACGGAUUUGAGAAUGCUAGAACAUGGUCACCUGUGAUCAAAAAUGGUGUCACUGAAGAUGAAGUCCAGCAAUAUCUGCCCUAA